AUGACUGCAGAAGGUGAGUAUGUGCUGGCGGGCAAAGGAGGCACCAAAAAAGAGAUAUUACUGGAGGCGAGGGUGGGUUCAGCUAAACUGCCGAAGAUAAGAAGAGAAAGCAAGAAAAUGGUUUCUUUCUCAGCCAUUUUUAGUUGCUUUGUUCCUCCAUCUUCUUCAAGGGUUACGGAUGAAGCCCCUAAUAAGGCAGAGCAACCCAAAAGCAAAUCAAAAUCAUCAGGUGCUCCAAUUGUAGUUUCUUACUUCCCCAUGAAUUCAUAUCUCUCUCGUUUGUAG